UCAUCUCUCUAAGUUUCUCUCAAGUUUUUCUCUCUCAAAUUCAUACACUCAUCUUCUAGAUCUCUUCUCCUUUUGAUUCUCCUCAUAAUAAAAUACUUGUUACCUCCAAACUUAUAAUAUAGUUCAUAACACGUUAUCAGCACGAUGUCUUUACCGCUGGAGUUUUUACGAGAGGAAUUCGAAAAUUUUGGGAGAUGGGAGAAGGUGAAGGAGAAGGAGACAAACUCCCGCCAAAAAAGGAUGAGGUGAUUACACAAGACUCGAUGAAGUCGGCGAGGCAGCUCGAUUUCACUCAUGUGGUGCAUCCACCUCACUCUAAUCAAGCUCCCGUCACAUCAAUCCCUUCACCUGCUGUGACGGCUACGCCGCCUAUUACUACAAGUCAGGCACGACCUGUUUCGACGACGACGGUGGCGACUCCGAUUCCACCGCCGCCACAGCCUCAGGGGCUUCUUCACGUCCCAAUUAGGCAUCCGGAAAGGUUUGAAUCUCCGAACUCGAAACCAAGGCCUGUGGGUGUGGGGGAAACUAGAGAUGGAACCCCUCAGAAGAAGAAACAGUGUAACUGUAAACACUCACGCUGCUUGAAGUUGUACUGUGAAUGCUUUGCAUCCGGUACUUACUGUGAUGGUUGCAACUGUGUGAAUUGUUUCAACAACGUUGAAUUUGACACCGCGAGACGAGAAGCUGUUCAAACAAUAUUGGAUCGGAAUCCAAAUGCAUUCAAGCCUAAGAUUGCUAGCAGUCCACACGGCGGACGAGAUAGCAGGGAGGAGGUUGGUGAACCUGUGAUGUUAGGGAAACACUACAAAGGCUGUCACUGCAAGAAAUCAGGAUGUCUUAAGAAGUACUGUGAGUGCUUUCAAGCAAAUAUCCUUUGUUCUGAGAACUGUAAAUGUUUGGAUUGCAAAAACUUUGAAGGAAGUGAAGAUAGACAAUCGCUCUUUCACGGUGAACAUUCCCACAACGUGGCUUACCUCCAACACGUAAAUGCUGCCAUAACUGGAGCUAUCGGUUCCUAUGGCUUUGCAUCUGCUCCAGGUCCUAAGAGAAAGAAAGGUCAGGAGUUUUUCUACAACCAAGGAACCAAAGAUUCACCAACUCAUAGGCUUGGCCAGGCAAAUACUGGAAGAACCCCAUCUUCGGAAACUGAUUCUCGUGCUGGAGGCCCAUCCAAAGUUGUAUAUAGGUCUCUUUUGGCAGACAUAAUUCAACCGAAGAAUGUGAAAGCCCUAUGUUCUGUUCUGGUUGCUGUAGCUGGGGAAGCUGCAAAGGCAUUAACAGAAAAACGGUUAGCAGAUCAGAAAGAAACGUCCGUAUCUUCUUCUGUGCAAGAUCAAGGACAAGGCAAUAAUAAAGGUACCGAGAUUGAGAUAGCUGCGACUGGAAAUCAAGCUGAGAAAUCUGGUCCAGAGGAUUCCAGUUCAGAUGGCUCCAAAGGGAGGUCACUAUCUCCAGACACUUUGGCAUUGAUGUGUGACGAACGGGACACUAUGUUAAUGGUUGCAGCUUCACCUAAAGGUUCGGUUGAGCCUACCUCACAGCUACCAAACGGCGGGCAAGACCAGUUUUAUGCAGAACAGGAGAAAGUAGUGUUAACCAAGUUCCGUGACUGCCUUAACCAGAUUAUUUCUUGCGGAGAAUUAAAAGAAUCAAAUUUUUCUUCGUCAAGAAUGAAUCUAGAUACACCUGCGCACACUGCCGUCAAAGUCCAGCCAGUGGUUCAACAAAGACCAGUUGCGAAUGGAGUUUCUCAAACCAUAAAGCAACCUUCCCAGCUAACAACAACAACCCCAACACCAACACCAACAGCAACAACAACAACACCAACUACAUCCGCACAAACUCAACUUCAUAAAACUCCAGCUUUGUCUGAGAAGAAAGACCUCUGAAUCAAUAUUUACUCCUUUAGGAAAAAAUGACUUUACAGAAAUGCAGCUGCAUCCACCUCCCCAGGCCUGACUUACGAGGUAAUGUCACCAACACCGUUUUCUUCCUCUUAGAUAUUCUAAAACAGAGGAGAAGUCGCAGCUUCAGCACAUUAGCAGGUGCUUAGAGAGUAUUAUUAUUAUAUAACUAUUCAUACAAUUUUAUUAGGUUAGGCAUUCUUCUUCUUUUCUUUCUUCCAAAUUCUUCUCUUUGAUUCAUAAGAGCUGUCUCUUUACAAAUUGUUGUCACUAUUAGUGUACAUUGCUAUUUACCAUCGGCAAUCACAGUGAUUGUUUACUGUGGAACAUACAUGCUUUAGCCUGAUUUCGAUAUGAUUUAGGAAUACAGAAGAUCUGAUGUUACUUCUGCUUUAGAUUUGAAGCAUACAUAAAAUAAAAUCAUAUUUUGGA